GACACGCGGAGGGACAAUCCGCCGCAUUUUGAUUCCCAGCCUCAACCUCUUUUUGCUUCAUCUUGCCCAACGCUCGCGAGAAUCUCGACCGGACGGCCGACUCCCUCGCGAAUUCAUUCCGACGACCUCUGUUUGCCUAGCGCAACCGGUUCCUUCACAAUGGAUGUCCCUGACGAGCCGCAGACGCCCUUCGGCACGUUCACUGCGCAAACGAACAAGCUGCAGAGGCAAUACCAGGCACUUCUUGAUCAGUCGACGCCCUACGUCCUCUACCGCUGGAUCGGCACCGGCGCCGCCCUCUUCAUCUUCUUCCUGCGCGUCUUCCUCGCACAAGGCUGGUACAUUGUCGCAUACGCCCUCGGCAUCUAUCUGCUCAACCUCUUCCUCGCCUUCCUCCAGCCCAAGUUCGACCCGUCCAACGAUGCGCUCGACAACGACAUGGAGGAUGGCGCGAUCGGCACGCUCCCAACCAAGCAGGAUGAGGAGUUCCGCCCCUUCAUCCGUCGCCUGCCCGAGUUCAAGUUCUGGCACUCGGCCACCCGCGCCAUCGCCAUCUCCUUCCUCUGCACCUGGUUCGAGAUCUUCAACGUGCCCGUCUUCUGGCCCGUUCUCGUCAUGUACUGGUUCAUGCUGUUCAUUCUCACGAUGAGGAAGCAAAUCCAGCACAUGAUAAAGUACCGCUACGUGCCAUUCACCGUUGGCAAGGCGCGCUACAACAAGAGCAGCUCGUGAAGGCCCCCCCCCACCCCCCCCGGCCUUCUCUCUCCCUCUUUCUCCACCGACAGGGAGACAAGCAGAACCGGCUCAGUGUGACCCCUGUGUCGAAACGGGGGAAGGUUGGGCGCAUGGAGAACGGCAAUUUUCUUUGGCGAUUGAAUGAAAGGGUGUCUUAUGGAUGUAUAAUGACGCAUGCUCGGAGCUCACGACGGUCCUGGGCAACUCUCUGUACUCGUAUGUUUUAAUCAGCCCGCAGCCAGGCGCUGUCUUGAGUGGGUUUUGGGCGGGCAGUAAUUAUUUUUGCCUUGGAUGGAGGCGGGUUUGCGGUAGGAUUUCCAGCAACGAGAACGGGAACAAGGGGGAUGAUGACUCGGAAGGCUUUGGUACGGAGUAGGGGCGCGGGAUAUGUUUGUUCACGUAUUCCGUGCCCUUGUAUAGAGGGUUCAAUCCGAUAUGGCCAGUUCCAUUCCAGACGUCACAUC